AUGUCGGGACCGAACACGACGCACCGGAUUCUACCUGGGCAAUAUCUGGUCAGUCGCAACUAUGGAGGGACCCAGGAAGAACUACUGAGACCUGCAUUAUCCAGACAGGGUACGCCGCGCGUGGGAUUACUUCAGAAAUAUGGUCAGAACUUGGGCUUUGAAUUUCUUAUGACAGCGUUGUUCAAGCACCAGAUCAACCGUCGACGAUUGUGCUUUCCUUCCGCCUGCAACAACUAGACAAGCCCGAUAAAUCCGCCACAGUGCCAGACAUACAUAGGGCUUUCGGUAAUACCAGGCUCCCACGAACGUGCAAACUGCCUGUAUAACCUCCAUCAAUAUCUUAUUGAAUUGCAGGAUGCGUCGCGAACAUUGAUUUCGGAAAGUACGCCGACGGGGACGCUGCAGUUUACCCAUGAUGGACAGUUUGCAGUAUUCAAGCCGGGAUAUCUGGUGUUAAGUCUGGCCAUUGCCAU